UGCGUUUGAGAGAGCGAGAGAGGAAGAGGUAGAGAGAGGGGGAGAAAGGAAUAGAAGUAGUUAAAAGUUUUCUUAUGACGGCUUCUCUUCACUGCCUAUUACUUCAUUAGAAAUCUAUGGAUGCACAUACACACAUAAUAGAGAAAAAUGAAACAAAUAUGGACGACUUGCUCCAAAACACCACCGAGUGGGGAACACUUCUCAAAAAUAACCUGCAGUUGUUUCCUUCAAAAUUCCUACAUGCUCGAAAUGUACAUACAUCAAGGUAUAUUUGUAGAAAACUUCAUGAAAAAAUAUUCAUUUUCUUGGAAGUUAAGAGGAAUUUUCCCCUACCCCCUCCCAAAACACUUUCACCGAAAAUGUUUGUAUAUUCGGAAUCUACAUAAUAGAUAAUAUAUGCAUAGAAAAUUUCAUAUAAAAAUAUUCAUUUUUCUGAAAGUUAUGACCUUCCAAUGUCGGUGGGUACAACUCUGUAGUUAUGCCACAUUGACGAACAUGAGUUAUAUGUGUGUGAAUGAUUGUGUUUACUUGCACGUGUAUGCAUUUGAGAGAGCAAGAGAGGAAGAGGGAGAGAAAGGAAUAGAGAAUGUGAGCAAUGUGUAUGUUGUUGUCACAGAUCACAUGUGUAUGGUUGUGUGUGUUUUUACGUAUCAAUGUUAUGAAAAAUAGGUAAAGAAUACUGAGAGGAAAGUUUAAUCUAUGACUUUGUUUGUAUCACUUUCUCUCUCUCUCUCUCUCUCCAUCUUUUACUCUUGCUCUCUAUAUUAUAUGUUGAGCACGUGUGUAAGAACGCCGUUCCAGGUAGAAGGGAAGAAAUAUAAAAGUUGCUAGAAACAACAGCUAAAUCUCCCUUAAAUCACACAAAGUAAACGGAAUUUAAAAAAUCUAAUUACUGCACUGGAAAGUUCACAUCGAGAAAAUUCCAUUGAUGUAAUUUUUACGAAAAAGUGGAAAAUGUGGAUUUCUAUACACUUUUAAAAAGGCUUCACACAAACACACAAUUUCAGCCUUAUAUAUUAAGAUAGAGAGUCACUAUUGAUCUAGCAAUCCUAUUUUAUUCUCUUUCUGCUUUCUUUCUAUCAUCUCCAGAACUGCAACUCUUUAUCUAUAGUCUCCAUACAGCCGUCAACCUAUGUCAACAUCACCACUUUGAGACAGUCUUGCAAGCUUACUAAACUCUUACUAGGACUAAAUAGGGAUUUACAUCUCAGUAUCUAAGAUUUGGACAACUUAAGAAAUUUUUUUUCAUUUAUCACAUUAAGAUAAAUAGGAGCAUUAAUUAUUGAAGUAUACAACCAUGAAUGAUAAAUUGUACAAAUUUGAGAGGAGAUGACCAGAUCUAAAGUCAAGGAACUCAUAUAUUAUUACUGUCCAAAAAGAAAGAUAGGAAAAACAAAUUCCUUGGUUGACCAAGCUAGAAUACAGAGGGAUUGACUUAACCCUCCUUUGUUAGACAAAUCUCUAAAACAUGCAAGUAUAUGGAAUGGAGUGAAGGUCAUAUGUGAAUAGAAAGGAAAAUAGUAGAGGAAUUAUUUUUUUUAUCAAAAAUGUAUUAUCUGAUUACAUUACAUACUUAAUUAUCAUCUCAUAUUACAUUGUCAUAUCUUUUUCAUUUAUUAACCAAUAUCAUUUCUCUUGCAUACAUUAACUAAUAUCAUAUCCCCUAUGUACAUUAGCCAAAAUGCUAAAUAUUCAUUUAUUAUUUCAAUCAUAUUGUGUACAUAUCACAUAUGGUCCUCUACGUUCGUUGUAUGUUUCAUUCAUGUAUCUUAUACACACCUCAUAUACUUCUUAAAAGAGAAAUUAUUUGCUGUCUGCCAUUGGUUCAUGAGCAGUUCAUUAUAUAGCAUGAAUGAAAAGAAGCUACUUUAGCUUCUUCAAAAGAUGGCUUCUAGAAGUAAUGCGUCAUUAUUGUUUAUAUUCUCUCCAGUCAUAUGAAAGAUUGAUCAAAACAUAUCACUGUAAUAAUAAUCUUCCUUACUCUUUAAAAUGAGUGAACCUAAACAAAUUGAUAUUGUAUAAAUUGUGACUAAGAAGUAAACCACUUUGAAACUGAGUUUGCAAUCCUAUUUUGAACUUUAAUCAUGGAUAUUUCACUUCUUUAUAUCAAUAAUGAUUUAGAGUAGAUAUCACAAAAAAAUUGCCACUCAUCCACAGACAGAAGGAUUGCCUGUUCAUAAGUAGUGAUGAUUACAUAGAAGAUACAAGCAUUUGAUGGUUGACUUUGUUUUCUUUCAUUAUUAUAUUUUAUUGUUUGGUAUUCAUGGCACUUUGGAUGGAAAAGAUUGUGUAUAUUGAGAUAUUUAAGUAUUGUUGGAUUGUUUUGUUUUUAUAUAUAUAUAUGCUGAUGCUCUUCAUAUUACUAUCAAAACAAAGGCGGUGAGCUGUCAAAAUCAUUAGCAUACCGGACAGAAUGCUUAGCAGCAUUUCUUCCACUAAGUGUAUUGUCUGGCUUUACAUUCUGCAUUCAAAUUCCACCAAGAUUGAUUUGGCCUUUCAUCUAUUUGGGGGUCAUCAAAAUAAAUACUAGUUGAACACUGAAUUGAUGCAAUCAACUAAAACCCAUCCUUUAAAAUUGCUGGCCUUGUGCCAAAAUUUGAAACAAUAGUACUGUCAAUACAAUUGUGAAGUAAGAGGAGAAUUAACUUUCUGGUAACUGGAUUUUGACAAUGACUGUAAUAAGAUUGUGAAAUCAAGGCUGUGUGAUCAAUCAUUCAGUACAUUAACCUCAGUUUUAACUACAUGUUUCAUAAAGAAAGAAAUAGUUAAUCCUCAAUGUCAAUGUAUAAUAAUGUUUUUAUUUCAAUUUUAAUGUUCAGAUUGUAUUACAAUUUUUCUUGAACUGUCUGAGGAGCAAAAGCUGAAUCCUUUAUCUUUGCCAGUAUUUGAACAUAUUUUGGAGAUUGUAAUUUAAGAUGUACCCUUGUUUUAAAGUUUACUGACCUUUUGAUGGAUUGUAUUUUAAAAGGCCGUUUGCCUUUUUUAAUUCGUCUACAGGCUCUCAAGUAUUCAAAUCUAUUAUUUGAGCGCUGUCCUUCUUCUGUUAAAGAAAAUCUGAAUUUAAAACCACAACAUCAAAAUAAUUUAAAAAGUAUCAUCAAGCUGAUAUCAACUGUUGGUGAUUAUGAAUUCCAGGUGGCCAUUGUUGAAUACACAUUUCGAUCCAUCUCUAAGAAAUGCCGCUCGCAAAAUCUCUCUAAUUUAUCUGAUCCCAAUAUAUUCUCUUUCAUCAAUUCUAUCAAGGAUGAAACAUUCGAAAGUGAUUGCAGAAAAUGUUUUAAUGCCUUUAACAGUAACCAAGGAAUGUAUCAGAGAGUAUUCUCAGUUCCUUGUAAUGCUAUAUAUUUUGGAAAACUAAAGCUGAACAAACCAAAAGAUGAAAGCUAUAAAUACUUCUGGGUUGAUUUCAAUGUCACCAGUCAACGCGUAACUUUCUACUGUGAGCAAGUUAAUGGCAGUGAAGACCCUGAGUGUGAGGAAGAUGUAUGGGAAACAGUCAGCAUUUGCAAAGAAGAUGUGAUGGAAAUUAUUUAUGAAGUAUCUGAGGAUGAUCAAUUGGCUAUUAUAUACUUCCUGUUCUUCCCAUCUAUGAAAGAAAUUCUACCUGGACAUACUCUCAAAAAGGGUUCUAGCAUGAAAAUGACAUUCCAGGACAAAGACGCUGUUUGUAAAGGAAUUCAGGAAAUUUUCUGUAACCCAAAGUGUUCGGUGGCACAGAAAGCAAUUCCUAUCAACGAUGGCUACAAGAAAGAUUCACACCAGAAAGUUAGAGUGGAAAGAAGUCCUUAUGAGCAUGUUUUGAAUGAAUCUUUUAAUUCUUCAACAAUGAAGACCAUGAGGAAAUGCUCUGUUCCAAGUGAAUGUAUGACAACUCCAUUAAUGAUAAAAGUACAAAAACUGAAGCCAGAAACUCAGAACGAGAAACCAGCUAAAGAUAUCAAGAACACUCCUAGAAAAAAUGCAAUUAUUGUGUCUGAAGUAUCCCAAUCAUCCAAAAAUACUGACAGAAGGAGAACAAACUCACCAAAGAUAAAGAACAACUAUGGAGUAGUUUCUGAAAGAAAUAAUCAAGAACUGAAGGAAAAAGGUAAGAAAAUAACUGCUACCAUGCCAAGCAACAGUCCUGAUUCAAAUAGUCCUAAAACAGAACUGACCAAUACUAAAAGUGGACAGAGAUUAUCUGCUAAAAAACCUGCUCUAAAUCAACCAUUGAAAACAUAUGAAAAAGUUUCAUCUACUAGAAGAUCCAGUAGGAUUAACAUUAAACACCAGGAUCUUCCUUCACCACAAAAAAAAGCUACUCCUCCAAAAUCUCCAAGAAAACUUCGUUCAAGAACUAGAAAUAACAAGAUGACAAUGAGCCAAGAGUCCAGUUCAGAUUUUGUUACAAGUUCAACUGCAAAAGUUGCUGGAAGAGAAAAGGAGAACAUGCUUAAAAACACAUCAUCUUUAAAACCAUAUGAAAGAUCAUCUCGAAUAAAACAAAAUGUUGGGUCAACUCCUGUUUUAGAUAUUUCAAAUAAUUCCUGCAAGAAAACAGAACAAGCUAAAAAGAUUCCUGAUACAAGAGACAACUCUGCUUUGACAUCAGUGGAAAAUACAAAAACCAACCUUGACCAGUCUCACUUUCCAGUAUCUCAGUGUGGAGACAACAAAUCCCAAACAACUACAGUUAAAAACACAUCUAAUAAGACAAGGUUGAGAUCAUUUGACAAGUUAAACCUGCUGCCAGAAAAGUAUCCACUUCGCAAAGACAAUCACAAUAAAAAGAGACCUGAAAACAAAACCACAAGCAAUUCAACUGCAACAGAAUUGAAGGAAUCAAAUAGAUCAAUAUUGAACAAUCCAUCUAUCUGUACUAUCCAGGAAACCCAAGAAAACUGUGCAUAUGAAGAGAAUUCUAUAGUCAUCCCAGAAUCUGUGCCACUCAAGCAGCAACCUCUCGUUUCUAGGAAACUGGCUAACUCCAAUACUAAGCAAACACCGGCUUUUGACAGUGGUAUCGCCUCAAGUGUUGAUAUUCAAAAGCAGAGAAAAAAAACAGUUUUAGAGAAAACUGUUAUAAAAAUAGCUCCUUCUUCAACAAAGGAUGUCAGUAUAAGAGAAGAUCCUUCAUUCAUAUAUCAUUCUUUGAUACAGAAAAAUUCUGAAUUGAAGUCCAGUAAUAUUGAUAAAAUCAAAGAAAUAAAUAAUGAUGUUUUGAAAGAAGUAACAAAGGUCACUGAAUCUAAACAGACUGCUGUAGAGAAUUUAUCUACAGCAGAUAAUAGAAUGAAAACUAAGAGGCCAGUUAAGAAAACGUUUUUCCAUUUCAUAAGUUCUGAUAGUGAUGCUAAUUCUAACAACAAUAAAACCAUACCUUCAAAAUACUCCACCAUCACAGAAGAAAAUCUCAAGAAAUUUAACCAGCAAAGAGACAAGUCAUUGGUUAAUAAUUUAAAUGCUAGAAUUAAAGGCUUUGUGAAAUCUUCAUGUGAGACUGUUUUCCAAGACAUUGACAAUGUUGACAAGAACCAGACUAUGAAAGAAGAUGAAAUAUUGAAGGAUCCUCAUCAUUUUUCCACACUUCACAAAUCAAGGAAUCUUGAUGUUGAUUUAACAAAUGACAAAAGUCCUAAAACUACAAGUAAUACUUCUGACCAUAAUAAUAAUAAUAAUAAUAAUGAUAAUAAUGACAAUGACCUAUCAAAUAAGUCAUCGGCAUCUAGUAACUUAUCUAGUCCUGUUACUGAUCCUACAAUGAGGAAAAAAUCACCAGAAAAUACAAAUCAACAACAGAAAGUUGCUAGUCCAGAGAAAAUGGCACAAUCAACAGAAGGGGACCAACUAGUGAACCCCAAAACUGCCCAUAAUAGUUCUAAGUUCCAAACCAAUUCGAAACACCAAUCAAAAACAAAACGCAAUAUUCCAAAAGGAUCCCUCUCUUAUUUCUCUGCUCAACCACCAAAGGAAGCACAUAGAAAAUCUGAAGGUAGCCGAAGCCCAAGUUUUAAACUAUUUGAACAGACUCCACCUCAUCAAGCACGACACAAGGCAAAAAGAAAUUACAGAUCAAAUAAACAAGCAAAUUUAUCUAAGCUUUAUGACCCUUACGAUUUUGACAAUAUCAGUAAUAGCUCUUCUAAUGUUAAACAGUCUAUCAGAAGUUUAUCUCCAGUCAUUUCAGAAAAACGUAAAUUUUUCAAGACUAGGCAGAAUACUAAAGCAAGCAAUUUUUCAAACUACUUAGAUAUCACCAAAAGAUCAAAACCAAUUAAAGAAUCUGAAAGUUUUCUGCCAUCUACUGCUUCCAAGAAAACCAAACAAUCUUUAAACAAAAAGCAUGAAACUUCAAAUCAGACAUCUAAAUCUGUUACUUUAAAUCAAACAUUAAAAUAUGUUACUUCAAAUCAGACACCAAAAUCUGUCUUAGAUGAAUUUAACAAAGACCAGUCCAAUGAAACACACUUUAAUCUCUUAACUCCUGGACGUCAGGGUUUAAAUAACAAACAACGUGAUGGUUCGGAAAGAAGUGACAAAACUUCCAAGAAAGUUUCGAGCAUCUCAGUUAAUUCUAAGACAGCAGCCAAUAAUGCACGACUAACUCGUAAGCGGAAACCUGUUAAUUAUAAAGAAGCUGAUACUAGCUCUGAAGAUCAAAUUAAUGAUGAUGAGUCUGUUGUUAGCAGUAGGUCAGAAGCCAGCAUGCCACAAAAGAUACUGAAAACAGUCACAAGAGAAGGUCAAUCAAAACACAAGAGUGUAUCUCCAGUCAGUUCUGAACAUUUUUCCAGUUAUCAAAAACAAUCUCUCAACUCAAAACAGAAAGCACAACCACUCUCCAAGCAACUGAAUCAAACAAAUAAGAGAGAUAAUCAAGAGCAGAAAAAGAGCAACACCAACACAAACAAAAUACAAAAGAUAUCAGUACCUUCUCUAUCAGGAUCCCACUUUGGUAGCAGUAUAACUCAAAACAGUGAGAUCAGUUGGAUUGCUGCUAAAAAAAACAAUCACCAAGAAAAUCAGAUACAGAAAACCUACAGUACCAAGAAAGACAAAUCCUAUUUUGGUUCUUAUCCCUGUAUACCCAAAUCAUUGAAAAGCAGGAAGAAACCAGUGAAAAAAGACAGUAAAAAAUUGAAGAACUAUAAGGUUUUAGAAAAGGAAUUGACAUUUCAUGAUACUGAAUUCACAUGUAAUGGUUCUCUCAACUGUCUUACUGAUGAAGAACAUCAAGUGUUGACCAGAACAACUACAGAACUGAGCCACAGUGAGAGCAUCAACAAAUCUCUAGUGUCUUUUAAUAUAUCAGAGAAAUUGCUUCCAACAAACAGUGUUUUGGGAGUUCACCAAUUUCAACCUAGUUGUAGCUCAUCAUUUACAGCUCCUUCAAAAGCAACUGACAAUCUUCAGGGGACUGUUGAUAUAUAUCCACGCAGUGAUUCUAGCAAAUGUGCAUCUCUUGUUUCUUGUGUCUCUCUUGCAUCUCAUUCAUCUCUCACAUCAAUCAACAGUAAGAAAAACCAAUUUCUCGACUCCCCACUUGAGGAAAGAAUUUUGACCCAAGAAGAACAUCACAAACUGAACUUUCAAGAAAAUUUCUCAAAUUAUCAAGAAAACUCUUCCGACAAAAGUGAGCCUAACGUUUCUUUGUCUGAUCACUUAGACAAUUUUUCAGGGUCUAAUCUCUCUAUUACCAGUUUCCAAAAGAAUUCCAUGCACCAGCAAGCCCAGAUGUCACCAAAACAGACUUCAUUUUGGAAGCCAUCUUUAUGGGACAAUUUCACUCAAGACAAGAGUACAAAGAUUAACAACUUUCAAGCCUUGCCAACAAAGACAUAUAAGAAAUCAGUGACCGUGUCAGUCAGUGAUGAAUCUGUAGAAGUUCUUACUGCAAAAGUGUCAGAGAGGAGUAGUCAUCAAUAUUCCUGUACCAGAGAAUCAGCCUACUUACCAACUGAGAGUAAAAGUUCCGACAAUUGUAGCAAUUACAAAUCUGGUAACAUCAAACAACUUGUCCAUUCUAUUGGAACUGAUAUGAAAAAAUCUAUUGCAAUAAAACAGACUAAUAUAUCUGCAAUCACUAAAGAAACUCUAGCUAAAACAGAGAAGGCCCUUUUGAAAGUAUGGCAAAAAGAUUUUCACAGCCGACAUGACCUGCACAAAGAUUUUGAGAGUAAAGUAUUCAGAGAAUUUGAGAGACUUCACAGAGAAAUACUCUCUUCUGAAGAAUGCAGACAAACACUUAUGAAAACUGUUGAUGAACAAAUAGAAAACUCAGAAAAUUGUCGAUUCUCACAAAUGAAAUGCCUAAAACGACUACAGAUGCUGUAUUCACAGUAUUACACAACCGUGUGCACUGACAAUGAAAUCAAGAAAGAUAAACAGGUUGAAGUCAGAAAUAUCCUGAAAACUGAAAUGACUGAACUGCAGAAAAAAUUUCUUUUUGACGCUACCCAGCAAGAGAUGCAACAGAUCCGAAGCCGUCUUUACAAAAUUCUCACCUGAAUCAAAAAGAGCCCCCAGUUUUGGUUUUAUGAUUAACACAAGUUUAAUGAAUUUACUACACUGUUCAGUUACAUCGUUUCAUUUCAGAUAUAAAACUAAACAAACAUGUCAAA